GUGUACACUUGCACUCGCAAAACAAAAAAGAAACCCGCACCUCUCUUGGACUUGGAAAAGGAAAAAAAAAAGAACCGCGCACGCUUCUUCUUCCCUCCCCCACAAAGGGAAGAAAAAAAAUUUCCGUGUACGGUUUCGCCCGGCGCCGCCUUUGGCAGUUGCUUUGCUUGCUCUUGCCCUGUUGAGCUCCAAAGGAUCUCCAUUUCACCACUCCCAUCGAUCCCACUACCGGUCCGCAUCAAGCAGCCGGCGAUGGGGUCCGCGUCCGCCCGCAUCGCCACCGCCGCCGUGCACCUCGUCACCGCGGCCGCCAUCCUCCUCAUGCUCGCGCGAGGCGGCGAGGCCGUCAGUCUCUGGCUCCCGCCGCCGACCGCCGGAGGAGGGGGCUUCCUCGGCGGCGCGGACCGUUACCUGACUCGGGAGGAGCACUGGAUGAACCAAACCCUGGAUCACUUCAACCCGACGGUAUCUACUGACCAUCGGCAAUUCAAACAGCGGUACUACGAAUUUCUCGACUACUACCGAGCUCCAAAUGGCCCGAUCUUCCUAUACAUCUGUGGAGAAUCUACGUGCAAUGGGAUUGGCAAUAACUACUUAGCUGUGGUGGCAAAGAAAUUUGGUGCUGCAUUGGUUUCUCCUGAGCAUCGAUACUAUGGAAAGAGUUCUCCUUUUAACAGUUUGACAACAGAAAAUCUACAGUUCUUGUCAUCAAAGCAGGCUUUAUUUGAUCUUGCUGUUUUCCGCCAAUAUUAUCAGGAAACCUUAAAUGCCAAGUAUAAUCGCUCUGGGGCAAACAGUUCUUGGUUUGUUUUUGGAGGGUCAUAUGCUGGAGCACUCAGUGCUUGGUUCAGGUUGAAGUUUCCUCACUUGACAUGUGGAAGCCUUGCAAGUUCAGGGGUUGUUCUUGCUGUAUACAACUUUACCGAUUUUGACAAACAGAUUGGGAUCUCUGCUGGUCCUGAAUGCAAGGCAGCACUUCAAGAAAUAACAGGACUUGUUGAUGGACAGCUUCAGUCUGGCCGUAACUCGGUUAAGGAGUUGUUUGGAGCGACAAAGUUAGAAAAUGAUGGUGACUUCCUCUACUUACUGGCAGAUGCUGCUGCUAUUGCGUUCCAAUAUGGUAAUCCUGAUGUCUUGUGCUCCCCACUAGCUGAAGCAAAGAAGAAUGGGACAGAUUUGGUGGAAACAUUUGCUAGUUACGUGAAAGAUUAUUACAUUGGAAAAUUUGGGGCGUCAGUAGCAUCAUAUGAUCAGCAAUAUUUGAAGAACACAACUCCUGCUGAAUCCUCAUAUAGACUAUGGUGGUACCAAGUUUGCAGUGAGGUUGCAUAUUUCCAGGUGGCACCAAAAAACGAUAGUGUUCGUUCCCCAAAGAUCGACACGAGGUACCAUUUGGACUUGUGCAGAAAUGUUUUCGGCGAAGGAGUCUACCCUGAUGUCUUUAUGACAAACUUAUACUAUGGAGGCACAGGAAUUGCAGGUUCUAAAAUUGUUUUUGCAAAUGGAUCUCAAGACCCAUGGCGCCACGCUUCUAAGCAGAAAUCAUCAGACGAAUUGCCAUCAUACCUAAUUGAGUGCAAGAACUGCGGACACUGCAGUGAUCUCUCUGGAUGCCCUCAAGCUCCUUCAAACAUUGAAGGUGAUUCAUCCAAGUGCUCACCUCCCGAAGCUCUGAACAAAGUAAGGAAGGAGAUUGUCGAUCACAUUGACCUGUGGCUAUCAGAAUGCCAAGAGCAAGGACAUGACAAGGAGCCAUGGCUGGGAAGCAGAUGGAGCAUAGCUGCUAUUUGAUCAAUCUGUGAAGCUAUAAGCAUGUGCUGCUAGAGUAACCAAGGCAAAUAUGCUUUCUUUUUCUUGCAGCACUGUGGUUUAUCGUUUCGGCAAACAAUGUGGGCUGCUGAGUAAGAGGACAUAUCUGGUGCACAUAAAAAAUUGGUGCACAUGGUGCAUAUAUUAAAUUAUCACCACUCAUUUUAGAUCUAACGUCUUUAGUUGAUCAUUCAAUUUACAAAUAACACCUUCCAGGCUUCCACCACUACACACCACCACGUUGGAGGGUGCUUUUAGCAAAAUAUACCAAACAACUAGAAACGUUAGAUCUAAAAUGAGUGGUGAUGAUUUAAUAUGUGCAGCAUGUGCACCAAUCUUCCAUGUGCAUUAGAUAUGUUCUCGCUGAGUAAUCCACCUGUGGCGAAUAAAUAAAGCAGUCAGUUCUCAGUCUGUCAUGAUUUCAGGGCCUGUUUGGAAUGCGGGAGUUUUUAUUUUUCCUAUUCCUACUCUCCUUUUUUUUCUUCUGUAAAAUUGAACAGCUCUUUACAAAAUCCCUGCGUGAUUCCUACGAAUUCCUGCGUUUCAAA